AUAUUAGUUCUGGAACAGCCACUGGUUCAAAUUCAUCACCUAACAUAGAAGCACAACCAGCAAAAACUAACAAUAAUCAUGGGACAAAUAACUCAAUCAUUAAUUUGGCUCGCUACCUUUGGUAUGAGAAUUGCAUCAACUAUAUUCAUUUUAAUUAGGCCAAAGUCCCAAGGACAUUUUGAGAAAAACGAGCUGAAACGUUCAGCUCUUUGCAAUCACUAUGGAGAUCAACGAGCAGAGUUAGAAUUGGCAGUUGAUAAGGUGAUACAGGUAAUACGCAAACAUCAGAUUCUGAGUGUCGACCGUGAAGAGCGUGCAGAACUUAGCGUAGACGAACUUAACAAAGUUACUAUGGAAUGUGAUCAAGAGGCAAUCGUAAGUUCAGUUAGGAAGAAGCUAUGCCCAGCACUGCGCGCACUUUUUGAACAUGGUCUUCAACCUUACGUGGUGCCAGUAAAUCAAGGAAACAAGUUACUCCCUUCAAGAAUAAGUUUGAUUUUUCAUAUACAGGGUGGGGCAUAA